CAGAAGAUAAAAUAAUACUAUACCAACGACCGUUGUGAGCGGCGCAUGUGAUCUGAAUUUCAAAAUUUUACAUUUUUUUUUAAAUUUAUCAUCAGUGCAUGAAAUAGCGAGAAAACAAACAAAAUGUCACCGAUGGGAAUGAAACCCAUUCAGUUGGAGGACGAAUACAGCAAGAAGACAGGAAUUACUCCGGAAGACAUCGCGAAACUACGGCUGUGGUUGAAAACACAACCACAUUUGCCAGAAGAGCAUAUCACAGAUCUGGAUCUGAUAUUAGCGUUUCAUUGUUGCAAUCGUAGUCCAGAACUCGCAAAACAAGUGCUGGACCUAAAUUUGACCCUUCGCACACUCUUUACUAAUUACUUUGAGAACAGAAAAGUUGACGAUCAAAUUGAACGUGUUUUUAAUGAUAUCCUACUGACUGUCCUACCUUUGCGGACGAGUGAAGGCUACGCUAUGUUAUAUACUCAUCUAACUAACUACGACCCAAAGCAAUUUAAUUUUGGACUAGCUAUAAGGGCGGUGCUCAUGACUCUAGACCUAUGUCAAUCACAGGAUGGUACCUGGCCUGGGCUUCUGAUCAUCGUGGAUUUUGAAGGCGUGACUUUAGGCCAUUUAGCCAGGUUAGACUUGCAGAACAUACAGCAAUUUCUAUAUUAUGUUCAGGAAGCAAUCUUAGUAAGGCUCAAGGGAAUGCACUUUCUAAAUGCGCCGUCUUUCAUCGAUAAGGUGCUUCUAAUGAUGAAGCCUUUCCUGAAGAAGCAACUAAUGGACGUCCUACACAUCCACACCACCGGCUCUACUACUGUAGAAAAGUUUGUGCCCAUUGAAGCACUUCCUAAGGAAACUGGAGGAAAAUAUAAAAGCUACCGAGAAAUUCAAGAUGAUGUUUUGGAAAAUAUGAGGGAAAACAAGGAUUUCUUCAAGAAUGAGAGCAAAAAACGUGUGACUGAAGCCCUGAGGCCCGGCAAGCCGAAGACGAUAACGGAUAUCUUUGGUGGUGUUGAAGGUUCUUUCAAGAAGCUAGAAAUCGAUUGAUUUAUAGAAUAGAUACCUUUAUUAGAACUACAGUUAAAUUGGGGGUAAACAUUUAGGUACUUUAAACUUUUUUCAAACUUAGGGCCUUUGCAGACGAGGGACUUUUGUCGGCGAAGAAUAAAAAUUGUAAGUAGAUAAUUUAAUGACCGCCGAGACCUUGCUACGGGCUCGACGCAUCGGUGUGCGACCCAUUUUGUUCGUUGGAAGCUAAUAUUUACAUAUAGGUAGGUAAAUACUAAUCUAUGGAAGCGAACAAACUCUCGAACGCACAACGUGGACUCAAUCCCGUUGAGUGCAUUAGUUCUAUUUUUUCGAGGACUCCCCCGUACUUUUCUACGGUCCGGUCUCCCGAUAUCCUCGUCUAUUCGAGGGACUUUUUGUAUAUAAGGGUAGGUACCUACCUACUUUUAAUCCUUCGUUAUACGACGCAAUUGUAAGCGAUUUUUAACGACAAAAAAGGACCUACCCUAAGGAUUAUCCCGUGAAUAUCCUUCGCACAACAGACGGAAACGUUUAAGUGCGAAAACCAGCCCAGAGAGAAGAAGGAUUAUCCCUCGUCUCUGCAGAGUAAAUAUUUCAGUUAGGUGGUACCUAUCCCCAAAAGGAGGGCGGUUAAGACGGAGCGGUAAAGAGGGUUUUGAUGAUGCAUUUUUUAAUUAAUUUAAAGAUUAAAUGCAUGAUGGCAAGUGAUUUUAUGGGGGUGAUUUUAUAAUUAGGUACAUGAGUCCAUAAUGUACAAAUCCAAUAAGGCUAGCUUUAAGUUUUAUUGUAAUAUUUUCAAUAAAAAAAAAAAAAAAUGUACAAAAUAAUAUAUAUAUAUAUGUCGACAUAUUGUAUGAAUAUUCAAAAAAGUAACUAAUAAAUAAAAUGUAUUUAACAAAAUAAAGUUUUUGUAGGUCCUCCUAAAAUUCCGAAUACCUGCGCAGUAUAUUGUGAUUAUAUUAUGUAUGUUACUUACUGUAUUAAAUCCAUUAAAUAGCUGUUUUGUAUUGUAUUUAAUAUUUAUUAACUCAAAAAAUAUACAGAGGGUUUUUCUUACAUUCAGCGCCACAAAAACCACAGUUGGUUUAACCGGGCACUGAGGUUAUAGAAUAAAAAUGAAACUGUAGAAACCAACAUAAUGACAAAUUGGUAAGGUCGGUAAUCUAGUGGGUAGUUAGGUAAGAACAAUCUGCAGCGCGACGCGUAACAUCGUGAAGUGUGAACAUCGCUGCCAGCGAAACCGGUUGCAAUGACUGGAAUAUUACACACACAGAAAUCCAAUAUCUAUGAUUACACACUAUACAGGUUGCUGCAAAAAAUAUUUUUUAAGUUUGCGUUUGUAGUUUGUUUCAUUAAUUUUUUCUUUAAGCGUUUUAGGAAGAUUGUUUAUUAAUGUAGGAACUACAAAUUUUUUGUUGUUAGAAUAUAACGACGUUAUGAUCGAUUAUUAACUUGUUAAUGUUUUGUUAAUAUUUUUUACAUAAUAGUGUUUAAUUCACUACACAAUAUCAUAUAAAUACUUAACAAACAUAACAUAACAUUGAUAAAAGUUUUUGUAAAUGCUCACUCAUUGUAAAAAUAUUACUAUUUGGUAGGUACUUAAUAA